ACUCACGCUUCUGAAAGAGUCUGUCUGCAUGCUCAUGUCUCGCAGAAUCAGAGACGCGACAGAAGCCGAUAAGAAGCGUUGUUUUAUCAACUCUCCUUUUGAAAGGACCCGUGGGAUCAAAAGUAUUUUAAUCAGUCUUCCUCUUAAGUUGGACACGUAUUUGGAUAUAUCCCGCGGUAUUUGUCAGUUGUCCCAACCGAAAUGGAGGAGUUUAUUCUCUCGGAUCAGACCGUUUCAUGCGACUAGACAGUCUCCAUCUGUCCCAUCUGCACGACAGGACGGAGAACAUCACUGGACAUUUACGGAUAGAAACUGGACGACACGCCGUGAUUUGAAUGCCUUUGCGAGGACUUUGCUGGCUUGUGUGCUGCAGACAAGGCUUCAGUUUGCUGGCUCGGGAUCAUGGGGAGAAAGAGGAGGAAGAGUCUUUCGAGUUACGCAAUCAGGACGAGCACACACACACUGGACGGGGGCAACUAGAGGUCACUCUGUCUCAGCCCACUCGCACAGCCAACGGCACACCCUGUCUCUCAGGAGUUCCUGAGGAGAAGAGAAGUCUCAUCACACAGAGGAGUAAGAUGACGAUGGACGAAGACAAUGAGGUGCUUGUGAAGGGCUGGCUCCUGCGGGAGGUGCAGGGAGGUUGGCUCCGGCAGAGGAGGUUCUGGUUUGUGUUGACAACAGACUCUCUUGACUAUUACAGCGGUCCGGACAGAGAUGCUCGCAGACUGGGCACGCUUGUACUCACAUCCCUCUGUUCAGUGCUGUGGCCAGAUAAACACACCUACAAACAGACAGGUUACUGGAGUCUGACAGUGUAUGGCCGCAAACAUUGCUACAGACUCUUCACAAAGCACUACAAUGAGGCGGUGCACUGGGCGUGUGCUGUGCAGAAAGUCAUAGACAGCAAAGCGUCGGUCGAGACGCCAACACAGCUCCUCAUACGAGACAUCGAGGAGAAUAAAUUCAAUCCAGAGGUUGUGGAGCACAUCUAUGAGCAUAAUCCCAUCCUGAGGUACACACAGAGCCCCCUCUACGCCCCACUGCUGCCUUUCCCCUACGGCAGCCUCCACCACACACAUAUGGCAGGUAAAGGCUACACAUCCAUCCGUGAAGAGGCGGUGAGGCUUUUUAACUGCCUCCAGCAGUUAGAGUCGGCCCGCGAGCCCAUUCCUCUCAUACAGGGGAUCCUCCAGACCUGCCUCGACCUCCGGCCACUCCGAGAUGAACUCUACUGCCAGCUUAUCAAACAGACCAGCGUCACCAACUCUCAUGUCCAGACGCAGAAUCCGCAGCUCAGAUACUGGCAGCUGCUUACCUGCAUGAGCUGCACCUUCCUGCCCAGCUGCAGCAUACUCAAAUACCUGCGCUUUCACCUGAAGAGGGUUCAGAGUUUGAGUGUGGACCCGGAGGUGGAGAGCUACGCGUCUUUCAUAGCCCAGGCUCUGGAGAAGACGCGCGGCCGUGAGUGUGUGCCUUCAUGGGAGGAGAUCCAGGGGCUGAUGGGAAGGCAGGAGAUACUGUGUACUGUUCACUACCCUGGACCGGGCUGCUGCCAGAUACCGAUCACCUCACACACCACAGCUAAUGAGGUCGUGAGGAAGAUGGCGGAACGCCUCGGGCUGCAGGACAGCCGAAACACAUUUGCUCUUUUUGAGCAGAACGCAUGCUGGGAAAAAGCUAUCGGAGGCAGCACCAUAAUCGCUGAUGUCAUCACCAGAUUUGAAAAUUUGUCAGCUAAAGAUCCAGACUCUGACUGCCAGUGCCGACUCUGUUUCAAACUGUAUUGUUUGCUGGACACAGAAAACAUCAGUACAGACAGCAUUGAGUACCUCUUCCUCUAUGAGCAGUGUCAUGAGAUGGUGGUGCGAGGGCAGCUGCCAGCCUGUGAGGAUGACCUUCUUUCCCUGGCAGCGUUAAGACUGCAGUGUCUACUGGGAGACUUCAGCGCCCUCUCGCCAUACCCACCCUUGGAGCAGCUCUUUCCGGCUGAAGUGGUGGAGGCCCGGGCCCUACUGGCCCCUGUCGAUCCCCCUGGCUGCCCUUCCUUCCCCGGGGGUCUUCUGGCUGGGACGCUGUGGGGACACAAGCGGCGGCAGGAACAGGACCAAAGACUGCGGGCCAGACUAAGGGAAGAGGGAGCCGUGGUGAUGUCGGCCAUUUUGGAGCGCUGGAAAGCCCUGGCGGGAUACAGUCGCAGAGACAGCAUGGCCGCCUAUCUCACCAUCGCCCGGCAGUGGUCCGGGUUUGGCUGUACGCUCUAUGAAGUGGACUUCUACAUCAGCUCGACAGGAAGCUUCUCUCAGAAGUUGUGGCUGGGCGUGGCGGCUUCCUGUGUGUCUCUGUAUCGUCAGGGUGAGGCUGAAGCAUUGGAGUCUCUGCCGAUUGGUCAGAUCUGUUCCUAUGGCGUCUCUGAUAGCAACACAUUCAGGAUCACUGCAGGAGACAGAGAUCUGCUCUUCGAGACCUCCAAGCUGACUGAGAUCAUGCAGCUGAUGAAUGCUUACUUCAGUGCCACCCGUCGCCAGCUGGGCAAGGAUGACUGCAUCUCCAUGGAGACAAACCCUAAGCUCCACCCCUCCCUACUUGAGCUCCCCUCUCACCCGGUGUGAAGAGAGAUGGACUCGCGCUCACCCACACGCACACACUGACUCUGACUGAUGUACACGUGCAUAUGCAGUCCUGACUGAUUGCUUCCCUGUGUGGAGCUUUUGCAAAGAGGACAAACUCAGAUGAGACUGAAAGGAGCAGAUGCUGUGGAAAUAGAAGAGGAGUGGAAGGUGUCCAGGGAGCCACAAACAGGAGAGCAGUUUCAGGAACUCACUUGCUACACCGCCAGCCAAAUCCAGAAAGAACACGGGGCCCUCCGCCGGCCCCUGCCACCUGGGAGCCAGCCAAAUAUCACAGACAGCAUAAUAGCCUGACUUCAGAGAUGAACAGAGAGAAAAUCAUUUUCUGAAGUAGAAUUUUUGCCUUGUUUUUAGUGUUUAAAUAUUUAAACAUCCUUAAAACAACAUGAAUUUAUUUUGACUUAUUUUGAACAAUUACGAUACAUAUAAUUGUCCUGAAAUUCAUUGAUUUUUAAGACUAACUUCAAAGAAUUUAUCUCAAAUUGAGUUAUUUUUUCUUAUUUUGCUUCUUAUGUAAAUUUACCUUGUUUGUAGGAUGUUUUUAUUUUUUAUUGGAAAAUAUGACAAAAAUACAGAUUUUUUGCAACGAUGUCUUUAUAUUGCACUACAGGAAGACAACACAAACACGCUGCCGUUGCACUCACAUGAAAACACUCGCUCUGCUUUAAACGUUCCUUUCCUGACUCUUGCCUGGAUCGUCAUUAAACUCAUUCAUCAAACCGUACAUGACCUUAAAAUGAAUGCAGGUGCAAGUCGACCUUCAGAACUGUCCAUUACUGAACCGGCAGUGGUGCGUGUGUGCGUGAGAGACAGAUUUGAACAUUUUAAGCUGUAGAAACCAAAGGAUCUUUAGCUCUCUAUAUGAUGUGAGUGUAUUUGUGAAAUGCUUUGAGCCUGACCUGGUGCUGCUUGACUGUGCUGUGAGCUUACAGUAACUCUGCACUGUGCGUCCUGUAGCCAUGACAGCCUUAGAUCUUUAGAUCUGUACUCUUUAGAUCUGGUUAAAACCAACUAACUUAGACACACAUUUGCAACCUGGUGCCUGUGAAGGUAAAUGACAUAUUGACAUUUUCAACAACAAAAAACCCCCAGAUAAUUUAGGUUCAAACCACGUUUCCCAGACCUCUCAAUGCAUUUUCAAACCCUGAAGAUAUACAAAUAAUCAACACUAUUGAUAUGCAAUCCCAUAUGGUGAAGACAGCACAUUUCUGUAGUUCACCCAAAAAUGAAAAUUCGUUUAUCAUUUACUCACCCUCGUGUUGUUCCAAGCCUGUCCAAUUAUGAAAGUUAAUGGGGUCCAAAACAACAUUUUGCAUCCCUUUAACUUUUCUUGUAUGGAAAGAAAAAAUGUCAUUCAGGUUUUGAACAACAUGAAAAUGUGUAAAUGAUGACAGAAUUAUAAUUUUUGAGUAGACUAUCCCUUUGAGCGUAACCUGUAGCCUCUGUCAGUUGUGCUUUUGUCAUGAAGCCAUAUGUCGGCUUUUUUUUUAUCUGCUGAGAGAUCAUAUUGUCCUUCUUUAAUGUGCGUUACUUUCUACUAGUUUUAUUUAUGGCUGUCUGUUGUAUACAUUGUGUGGAAGUGAGUUUUUAAUUGUCCUUUUUACUUUUGUUUUAUAUAUCUUUCAUAAAGACCUGUAUUUGUAUUUUAGUGCUUGCAUUGGAGUAAUUACAAAAGAGUGGAUGAUGUCAUAGUUAAAAUAUGAUGUCAUGAUGUGUAUUUACCUUUUUUUUUUGGUUAUUUGUCAUUUAUCAACCCCCCCCCCCCACCACCCCACCACGGUUUGUCAUAACCAAAAAAAAAAAAAGUAAUUCGCCCCUUUUAAAGUCACAUGGACCAAAUGUCUAGGGGUUGGGGUUGUUUUUUCUCUCCUAGUAUGAAUGCCAAACUAUUACUGAAGCAAUAAAACCUGCCCAGUCUUCCUGAGUAUGAGCCCAAUUUCAGAUUGGGGCUUUAGGUUGCCUAAAGAGGAGCCGCUAGUGCCUGUCAAACAGUCUGUACAAUCUUUAAUUCACCCAUACUCCAUAAUCAAGAUAAACUUUUUCUGUAUUCAUAGUGUUUAUGUUUCGGUUGUGCACUAUCUUUGCUAUAGUGCAGCUUGUCUGCAUGAAUACAAAUCUGAAAAAAGGUUACCAGCUACUUGAGAUCCAAAGGUGGAGGGCAAUCACAUCUUCACUGUUGUUUAUUUUGGUUUUUGUUUUAAGCAGUGUUUUCUGCCCAAACCCCGUUCCACCUACAGCCCCUGUGACGGCAGUAGUGGUUUUCACAUGCUUCUGUGUUCUCUUCAUGUCACUCUUUAGCUGCAGGCAGCUCCGCCCACUGUCAUACAUGUAACAAAACUCAAACGACAACCCUUUAGAUGGUUUGUAUGCUGCAUGGUACAUUAAUUAUUUUACACGUGUAAUAGUCAAUUGCACUAUUGUUUGUAUAGCUAACUUAAAUGUGCAGUAAUGCAAAAUGAAUACUGUAUGUAAUAAAGCAGCACCAUUACAACAUCA